AUGAUUGUGAAUUUCCGGGAAGGAGAUCCAGGAAGCAUUAAGAUCCACCAAACUCUAUUAGAACACUAUAUUACUAUAAUGGACUACCCUCGGGACUAUGAAGGUUGCCCAUUGGUACCAAUUGAGGUGAUCCACCAUUUUCUUAAAUCAAGCGAAAGCUGGCUCUCACUUGGACAACAAAACGUUCUUCUAGUGCACAGUGAACUUGGUGGUUGGCCUGUGUUGGCUUUCAUGUUGGCUGCUCUUUUGCUUGACAGAAAACAUUUCACUUCUGAAAGUAGGGCCCUUGAGAUGGUUCUGAAACAGGCCCCACCUGAUAAGUUACCCUUAGUACCCCUGCUUUCAGAAUUGGAUGCUACAGCUUCUCAGUUGAGGUACUUACAGUAUGGGAACACUUAUGAACGAUGGCCUCCAGCAGACAAACCACUCAAAUUAAUUUGUGUGAUAAUGAGAAUGAUUCCUGAUUUUAAUGAAAAAGGAGGUUGUUGUCCUGCAUUUAGAAUUUAUGGACGCGAUCGGUUGUUACAUCUUGAUAAAACCCCUAAACUUUUAUUCUCAACCCCAAGGAGGAGUAAGAAUGUCCAGUCUUACAAUCAGUGUAUUAACUUAAAUGAUGAUCUGGUGGAGGAGACGAUUAUGUAUCGUGCCAUGUUCAACACAGCAUUCAUCAAAUCGAAUACUUUGAUGCUGAGUCGUGAGGAAGUCGACAUAUCUUGGGAUAAAAAACAUCAAUUUCCUAGGGACUUCAAAGCUGAGAUAUUUAAAAUGAAUGGCCCAACCCCAACCCCACCCUCACCUCUCACACCACCUCCGUUACCCUUUUGUUUACCGAGCACCACUAUCGGUAGCGAUUGUCUUUCCGAUAACCAUCAUUUUCUCUAA